AUGGGGAACUUACUGUUCUCCCUAUGCAUAGUCUCUCUUCUGCUCUCCCAAUCAACCUCCACACCUCCCCAGGACCCGAUCCAGUGCACCUCACCCCACAACACCAACUGCACCGUCACCAACUCCUACGGCAUCUUCCCCGACCGGUCCACGUGUCGCGCAUCCAGCGCCGCAUUUCCCGCCACCGAGGACGAACUCAUCGCCGUCGUGGCCAACGCCACGAGGGCCCAACGGAAGAUGAAGGUGGCCACGCAGUCGUCCCACAGCAUCCCCAAGCUGGUCUGCCCCGACGGCGACGACGGCCUGCUGAUCAGCACGAAGCUGCUCGACCGCGUCCUCGCCGUCGAUAAGGCCGCCAUGACGGCGACGGUGGAGAGCGGGGUGACGCUGCGGGAGCUGAUCGAGGCGGCGGCGGGGGCCGGGCUGGCGCUGCCGUACGCGCCGUACUGGUGGGGGCUGACGGUGGGCGGGAUGCUGGGGACCGGGGCCCACGGGAGUAGUUUGUGGGGGGAAGGGAGCGCCGUACAUGAUUACGUGGCGGAGAUGACGGUGGUUAGCCCCGGUGCGGCGGAGGAAGGGUUUGUGAAGGUGAGGACGCUGAAGGAAGGUGAUGGCGAGCUGAAUGCGGCCAAGGUCUCGCUUGGAGUCCUCGGGGUUAUUUACAAGGUGACUUUAAAACUUCAGCCGAUGUUCAAGCGAUCCGUAACUUACGUCAUUAGAAACGACACCAACUUUGGAGAUGAAACGACAACGUUUGGGCUCCAGCACGAGUUCGCUGACUUUACAUGGUACCCUAGUCAACGCCAAGUCAUCUACAGAAUCGAUGACCGCGUUCCUUCCAAUACUUCCGGCAACGGCCUCUACGAUUACUUCCCUUUCCGCUCCACACCUUCCCUCCUCCUGGCUGGAGUCCGAAUCGCAGAGGAAGCUCAGGAAUACCUAAAGCACGCCGAUGGAAAAUGCGCCGGGGGCAAGCUCACCACGGCCACCCUCCGAGCCACCUCCUUCGGCCUAACCAACAACGACUACAUCUUCACUGGAUAUCCGGUCGUCGGCUACCACAACCGCCUCCAGUCGUCGGGAACCUGCCUCGACAGCCCCAACGACGGCCUCAUCACGGCCUGCCCGUGGGACUCGAGAAUUCGAGGCGAGUUCUUCCACCAGACCACCUUCAGCCUAGACCUCUCGGUCACAAAAAACUUCGUGCGCGACGUACAAACCCUCGUCGCCCUAGACCCCGAGUCCCUCUGCGUGCUCGACCUCUACAACGGCAUCCUCAUGCGCUACGUCACCGGUUCGAGCGCGUACCUUGGGAAGCAAGGGGACGCGCUCGACUUCGACAUCACGUACUAUCGAAGCGAGGACCCUAAGGCGCCGCGGAUGUUCGAGGACGUCUUGGAGGAGAUCGAGCAGAUGGCGGUGUUUAAGUACGGAGCUUUGCCUCAUUGGGGAAAGAAUAGGAACGUGGCUUUCGCUGGAGCGAUUGCGAGGUAUGAGAAUGGAGCUGAGUUUUUGAAGGUGAAGGAGGAGUAUGAUCCGUUGGGGUUGUUUUCGAGCGAGUGGACGGAUCAGGUUCUAGGGUUGAGAGAUGGGUUGACGGUUUUGGGGGAGGGUUGUGCUUUGGAAGGGUUGUGUGUGUGUUCGGAGGAUAGUCAUUGUGCGCCUGAGGAAGGGUAUUUCUGUAGGUCGGGGAAGGUGUAUAAGGAAGCUAGGGUUUGUAGGUAUGAGGAGGUUUCCGGGGUUUAG